AUGCAUAACAAGGAACCUUCUUUACCACCUCAUUUGUCAACUUCUUCUCUUCUCCAAAACAGGUUGGUUCCCCUUGCCAUUGAAAAGGUUUCUACUUCUUCCCCUAACACUCCCUCGGCAGUAGCUGGAGAAGGUGAAAAGAAAAGCUCAUGGAACUCCCUUUUCUCCCCUUGGAAACCCUCUAUGAAGCUGGAGUUUUUUGAACCUAAAGGGAAGGAUACCUUGGGGCGAAUUUGUGUGGCACCUCCUCCCGAAGUAGCUGAGCAAGGAGCAACUAGAUGGAAUUCAUGUGCGGUGGGCUUCUUCCUUGGCAAAAGGCCACCAUUCUUGACUGUUAAAAGAGCUUUGGAGAGGCAUUGGUCCUCGUUUGGCCUCAAAGAUGUUAUGACCUCCGGCCAAGGUGUCUUUAUCCUUAAGUUUCAAGACAUUGAUGGAGUUAUGAGAGCUGUGGAAGAGGGACAACUAACCAUUGCAGGGCAGCCAUUCCUUGUUAGGAAAUGGACUACAAAUCUUCCAAUGGUAAUCAAUGAUGUCAAAAAGGUUGCUAUUUGGGUUAGAUUGUAUGGCAUACCUCUUGAAUUUUGGACCCCAAAAGGUCUUAGCUACAUAGCAAGUGCAAUUGGAAAUCCUCUCUAUGUGGACUCCAUAACUGAAGAAGGGACAAGGCUGGACUUUGCAAGAAUUUGUAUAGAGGUAAAGGUGGAUGCGGAAUGUCCUGAUUCAAUAUGUUUAGCUUUGCCGAAUGGAGAAUCAGUGAUAAUCCAAGUGGAAUACACAUGGAAACCUAUUAAAUGCAAGGGAUGUCAAUGUUUCGGUCACACCACAGCAAGUUGUUCUCUAGCACCAAAGCAAAAUGUUGUCUCUAUCCCACGGAAAACUCCAAAGGAAGGGGCUGGAAGAGUGCUCCCUGUGAACUUUAAUGGGAAAGACAAACUAGAGCAAGUAACAAAAGACUUUGACAAUAAAACCAAAGGUAGAAAGAUGGAGGUGCAAAAGCUGGAGGGGAAAACUUUGCUAACUCAUAAGAAUAAUAGAUUCUCUGCAUUAACUAUAAAGGAGACUCAAGAACUUGGAAAGGAGAAUAUAAUUCUGAUUGAGGAAGGAAAGCAUGGGAUUUCCACUGGUGAUAGUGAUGCCAUAAUGGAGGGUAAGAAAUACACUACAUCGGCAGCAAAUGAGAAAGCUCAAGAGAAUGACGAAAGCUCCAAAAGCAGCACUAAAAAUGCAAAUGGAGGGGAUGACUCGGACCAAGUUGCCUCUCCUAUGAUGCUUUCUUUUGGAGGGAAACUAAGAGUGGAUGAGAUGGACUUUAGAAAAGAAGAUGCUGAUUUGAAAAGUAGGAACUUGGGGAAGAAAGCAGCAAAGCAAAGAAAAGAAAAUUCCACUCCCAUCCCAUCCAAAUGA